AUGCUCAGUACGGCAGGAUCCAGGUUCCAGAUACCGGCCCAGGUUAUGUUCCACAUUAUUAACGGUGUUGGCUUCUUUACUGGGAUGGUCUAUAACCACUCCACGCCGGACUUGUAUGUGGGUAAUGCACACCAUUCGCUUGGCUGGGUUGUGGUAGCGUCUACAAUAGUGUGGACGCUACUCUCGAUAUGUGUCACUUGCGGGAAGCGCAGAGCUACUGUGCGCGCUCCAGAAAAGCCUUCCCGUGCCCAGAACUUGGAGGAGUACGGGUUGCUGAACCAGUAUGAAGGAAGGUUAUCGAGAGACUCUGGCCAUGGCACCGAGCGCCACUCAGAAUCAUUGCUUGCAUCGCGACAGAACUCGUCCGACUCAAGCCAUCCACAAUUCAAAGCGACAACCGACGAUCUGUCGUUGAGUGAAGAGAAUGACAUCGAAAGCAAGAAAUUCACAGGACACUCGAUUGGGUUUAUCUCCAGAACCAUUGGACGUCUACGGACCGAAAAUACGUUGCAAGGCGCUCGUUUUGCGCAGACCUUGCUCGAGAAGAUCUUGCUAUUGCUAGGCUUUGUGGCACUACUCUCCGGCCUCAUCGUAUCAGGAGGGCUUUUCCGCGAUAGGGAAAUCUUCUCUGGUCUCGCACACUUCAUCAAAGGUGGCAUAUUCUUCUGGUAUGGACUGUUGACCCUCGGACGCUGGAUGGGAGCAUUCACGGAAUUUGGCUGGGCGUGGAACAUCCGCCCGCAGCCUCCUUUGGUGGCGAAGUGGAAGUGGAGAAUUCCCUCCGCAGAAUUUACGGAGUCAUUUGUCAUAUGGUUGUAUGGAGCCUCGAAUGUAUUUCUGGAACAUCUCAACAAUUGGGGCAAGGACUGGAGCGCGCAAGACCUCGAACACGUUAGUAUCACGAUACUGUUCUUCGGAGGCGGUCUACUGGGUAUGCUCGUCGAAUCUGACUGGCUGCGGAAGCUCAUCAACACGCCCAUCAUCGUACAAAAGUGCGACAAGGAGGAGGAAUACCAGGCGAGCGGGCCUCUUCGAACGGACACAGAUGAAUGGUCAGAACCUCAGACAUAUCGAGCUCCUAUGAACCCAAUGCCAGCUACAGUCAUAAUGCUGUUGGGCAUGAUGAUGGGAGCGCAUCAUCAGUCCAGCAUGGUCAGUACGAUGAUGCAUGCGCAGUGGGGUGGUCUUUUCACAGCAUUUGGCAUCGCGCGGGCUACAACAUACGUGCUGAUGUAUAUCAAACCGCCGACAUCGCAUUUCGCUGGUAGACCUCCUAGUGAGCUUGUAGCUGCAUUCUGUCUGACAAGUGGGGGCAUCAUUUUUAUGAACAGCGCUUCGGAUACUGUUGCUGCUAUCGAAGAGAAUGGGUUGGAUGCCAUGACUAUUUUCACGCUUACUAUGGGGUUGACGGGCGUCGUUAUGACGUGGCAGAUUGUCGUGUUUGCUGUCAGGGGCUGGGCAAUACGGAGAGAGAGGGCUGCUGCUGGUAGGCCGUUGAGCUGGUGA